CUCCAACACACAUUACUCGUGUAUUACCUACCUACCUACCUGCUUGACUGCUCGAGGUAUCUUGGGACCAUGACAGUGUACAGCUGGGGUCGAGGUGAAGAUGGGCAGCUCGGAUUGGGCGACACAAGCGACCAGUAUCGACCGGUGGUCGUCGAAGCGCUGCGAGAACGAAUCGUAGUUCAGAUUGCGUGCGGCAGCGGCCACACCGUUGUGCUGGACGACAAAGGUGACGUGUACACGUGGGGUCGAGGCGACGACGGCCGCUUGGGCCACGGAGACAACGGAUGGAAGUUUGUUCCGCGACUCGUCGAGUCGUUGCAGACCAAGCAGAUCAAACAAGUGACUUGUGGAAGCUACCACACCGCCGCGGUGACGGUGUCUGGUGAAUUGUACACGUGGGGUGGCGGCAUGUACGGGAAGCUCGGCCAUGGCAACGAAGUUGGGCAUUCCGUGCCGUACUUGGUGGAAACACUGUCGAACCUCAAGGUCGAUCAAGUGGCGUGCGGGUCGCGGCACACGGUCGUUCUGCUGCAAAACAGCGACGUGUACACUUGGGGCGACAAAGAAAACGGCGUCAGCGGCCAGGGCGACACGGACGGCCACCAGUACCUGCCAUGCGCCGUGGAAGAGUUGAAGAACAAGGGCAUCAAGCAGAUCGCCGCGUGCGGCUUUCACACAGCAGCGUUGAGUGACAAAGGAGAGCUCUAUACGUUUGGCGAGGGCAAGUUUGGGCGGCUGGGCCACAACAACGAGCGAAAUCAGAUCGUCGCCAAGGUCGUGGACACGCUGGUCUCGAGUCCUAUUCGACAGGUGGCGUGCGGAGGCUUUCACACGGCCGCCGUCUCAGAAAGCGGCGAAGUUUACACGUGGGGCGGUGGCGAGCACGGGCAAUUGGGUCAUGGCGACAAGGUGAACAAGACAAUUCCGUCGCUGGUGGAAAAGCUCAACGAUCGCGUGGUGGUGCAAAUCACAUGUGGAUGGAGCCACACCGUUGCUUUGACCAACACGGGCGAAGUGUUUACGUGGGGCAACGGCGACCACGGCAAACUCGGCCACAACGACCAGGUCAAAGUGACGUUGCCUCGCGCAGUGGACGGUCUGCACGGCAAGCGCGUCGUGUCGGUCGCGUCCUACAACGAGCACACGGUUGCCCUUGUCGACCCCGUGCUAGCAUUCCGGCCGCUGCUGCUGAGCUCGACGUACGCGAGCGACAUGCAAACCCUCGUGGACGAGCCAGACUUUGCCGACGUGGUGUUUCUCGUCGAGUCGCGGCGGAUAUUUGGCCACCGCGCCAUCCUGGCGGCGCGGUGUCCGCACUUCAAGGCCAUGUUUAGCUCGGGCAUGCGCGAGUCCCGCGAGCUGGAAGUACCCGUGCCGUCGAUCCGCAUUCCGGUCUUUUUGGCGCUGCUCGAGUACGUGUACAAUGACGUGGUGGCGGCCGACAUGACGGCCGAGAUGGCCAUCGAGCUGUACGCGUGCGCCGACAUGUACGGGCUGGACCGGCUCAAGGGCCUGUGCGAAGUGCUGGUGCAGAAGGGAUUGGUCGUGGACAACGCCGGCGUGCUGCUGCAGGCGGCGGACGAGCUGCACGCGUCGCGGCUGCGGGAGAUUUGCAUGCACUUUAUCAUCCGGCACUUUGACUACGUGACCAAGACGGAAGGGUUCCACAUGUUGUCGCGGGAUUUGAUUUUGGAAACGUUGCAAAACCGAUAAGCGUGUCUUUUAAUAUUGGAUGGGGUUUUUUAUAUUGGGGGUUUUAAUGGUGAGGUUUCUUUUUCUGCUGCGACGCGGCUUUGGCAUCGGCGGCACUUUGCUUUUUGCCGGCCACGUGCUUCUUCUUCUUUUGGAUAAACUCGGUCGCGAACGCCGACACUUUGGGGGUCGACCCCAAGUACGCGGCCAAGUACUCGCGGAUCUCGCCUGGGUCUUCGAGCGUCGCGCAGUACUGAAUUAGCGUCAAGUCUUCUGUCCCGCCCAGCUUUUUCACUUGCUUGGAGCUCCACGCUACGAGGUCGUCGCUGCCGUUGUUGUAUGCGGGGGUAUGCGAUGACGGCGAUGCUGCUGUUGCUGCUGAUGCGUCAAAGUUCCAAAAGCUCGCGUCGCGAUCCUUGGGCGGUGUGGCCUUGACUUCCACGGGCGCCGGCCGCGCAGACGAAUAUGGCGGUGGCAUACCCGUGACAACGCUGCUCCAUCGCGACGACGACGCCACAGGCUUCUCUUGGCGCUUGAGUUGGGCCAGACGUUCUUCUUCGGCUUGGAUUUCUCGGAGGGAGAGGGACCGCGUGAUGGGCGCGGGCGGUGUGGCGGCGGCCGUUUUGCUUCCCCACGACUUGGACGGACUGGGGUUGGAUACGCCCAGCAUGCGCUUGAGUUGUUGGCCCAUGUCUUCCAAAUGGGGUUGCUGGUCAGGCGUUGGAGAAGGAGGGGGCUGCUGGGACGAGGACGACGAGGACGAGGACGACGAGGAGGGCUUCAACCGACGACGCAUGCUUUCCUGCUCCUCUUGCUGGAUCUGCUUGAGCGACGGGGUGUUCGGGGUCGUGGCUUCCCACGUCGAGUCGGCUUCUUUGACGACGUCAGGCACGUCCGCCUCUGACGUUUGCCGCCCCCACGACCCCAACUGCGGCACAACGUCCGGCUUGCUCCACGACGACUUGGGGGACGCCUGGGGGGCGGCUGGCUCGGGGCCUCCCCACCCAUCUGACUCUGGUGGCUUGUUCCAAGACACGACAGGCGUCGUCGGCUGCUGCUGCUUCUCCUUGCUCCAGCCAGACGAGUCCGCGCCUCCCCACGACGCAGCAGCCGACGGCUCUUCGUCCGCCGGUUUGUCCCACGCCCCGCCCAACAAUUCCGGAUCGUUCUUCACGGACGAAUUCCACAGCGACGACCCGGUCGUGUCUUCGUCCCACGACGGCGCCGCAUACUCGGUCGUGACGGGCUUUGGCGCUUGAGUAGGCGGCCCUGCUGCGUACAUGCCCAGUCCGCCCAUCAUGCUGUCGCCUGCCCCGGGAACGAUGUUAUCCCGAGGGCGGCCCCAACCGGACCCGAUCGCCGCAGCCCCCGGAAGAAUGGCUUGGGGGCGCUGGUAGUGAAACUGCUGCUGUU